AUGGGCACGGUGCUGUCGCUUUCCCCCGCCUCCUCGGCCAAGGGCCGGAGGCCGGGCGGGCUGCCGGAGGAGAAGAAGAAGGCGCCGCCCGCGGGGGACGAGGCGCUGGGGGGCUACGGGGCGCCGCCCGCCGGCAAAGGCGGCAAAGGCGAGAGUCGGCUCAAGCGGCCGUCCGUGCUCAUCUCGGCGCUCACCUGGAAGCGCCUGGUGGCCGCCUCGGCCAAGAAGAAGAAAGGCAGCAAGAAGGUGACGCCCAAGCCAGCGUCCACGGGUCCCGACCCUCUCGUCCAGCAGCGCAACCGCGAGAACCUUCUCCGCAAGGGCCGGGACCCCCCCGACGGCGGCGGCGCGGCCAAGCCGCUGGCUGUGCCGGUACCCACCGUACCCGCGGCGGCCGCCGCCGCUGCCGCCGCCGCCGCCGCCGCCGCCGCCGCCGCCGGCGAAGCGCCGUCCGCGGGCAGCGCUGCCGCCCCGCCGCCAGGCUCCGGCGGGGGGAAGCCGCCGCCGCCGCCGCCCCCAGCCCCGCAGGCGGCGCCCCCAGUGCCUGGCGGCUCGCCGCGGCGGGUCAUCGUGCAGGCGUCCACCGGCGAGCUGCUGCGCUGCCUGGGCGACUUCGUGUGCCGACGCUGCUACCGCCUCAAAGAGCUGAGCCCCGGCGAGCUGGUGGGCUGGUUCCGCGGCGUGGACCGCUCGCUCCUGCUGCAGGGCUGGCAAGACCAGGCCUUCAUUACGCCCGCCAACCUGGUGUUCGUGUACCUGCUGUGCCGCGAGUCGCUGCGCGGGGACGAGCUGGCGUCGGCCGCCGAGCUGCAGGCCGCCUUCCUCACCUGCCUCUACCUCGCCUACUCCUACAUGGGCAACGAGAUCUCCUACCCGCUCAAGCCCUUCCUCGUGGAGCCCGACAAGGAGCGCUUCUGGCAACGGUGUCUGCGCCUCAUCCAGAGGCUCAGCCCGCAGAUGCUCCGGCUCAACGCCGACCCCCACUUCUUCACCCAAGUCUUUCAAGACCUCAAGAACGAGGGCGAGGCCGCCGCGGGCAACGGGGGUCCACCAAGCGGGGGCGCGCCCGCCACCUCCUCCUCGGCCGCCAGGGACAGCUGCGCGGCGGGAGCCAAGCACUGGACUAUGAACCUGGACCGCUAA